CACGCUAGAAAGCUGUUUUCCCUUCGCGCUGGGAGCGCAGUUGGUGCUGCUCUUCAGCGAGCCCUCGCAGCAUGCCGUUCCAGCAGGGCUCUGCCCGGACGCGGCAACGCACCGUCCUUCUGGUGGGGAUCGCGGUCCUGCUGGCCGCCCUCGUCCUCGCCGUCUUGCUGGCCUCUGUCCUUACUCACGGAACGCAAGAGGUCAGUCCCAAAAUGAUGAAGUGGAAGGACAGAGGGACCACUAAGAAUCUGAAAGAAGUCAUCCUGGGAAGAUGCUACAACUACAUCAUGGCGCGGUACCCUGAGCUGGGAGAUAAGGAUUGCCUGAAAAUAUGGGAAUCAUUAAAGCAUGCGUUCAUUUACAAGAAUCCCUGUAACAUUACAUCGGAAGAUUAUCAGCCUUUAAUGGAGUUAACGAGUCAUCCCAUACCCUGUAACAAGUCACUGUUUUGGAGCAAGACAAGUGACCUCGCUCAUCGUUAUACAAAAUCCAAUCAAAAUUUCCUUACCUUGGAGGACACCUUGUUGGGUUAUAUUGCUGAUAGUGUUUCAUGGUGUGGAGACCCCUCUGCCCCAGGAAUCAACUAUGAGUCUUGUCCAAAACGAAGUGAAUGUGAGAGCAACCCUAGCUCUGUAUUCUGGAAAAUGGCGUCCAAGAUGUUUGCAGAAGCAGCAUGUGGUGAGGUUCAGGUGAUGCUCAAUGGAUCACUAGAAGCUGGAGCUUUCAGAAGCAGCAGCAUUUUUGGAAGUAUUGAGAUCUUUAAUUUAAAUCCAGGUAAAGUCUCUGCAGUACAUAUUUGGCUUAUGCAUGACAUCGGUGGACCUCAAAGUGAAUCCUGCUCAGGUCAUUCCAUAAAGAAGUUAAAAAGCAUCUUAGAAGAGCGAAACUUUAUGAUCACCUGUGAAGACAAUUACAGGCCGGUUCAGCUUCUUCAGUGUGUGCAUAACCCUGACCACACAGACUGCAGAUUCUGCACCAACACCAUGGCGACUCCAUGAAACGGAGCGCUCCGCACUAUUGAAGACUUUCAUUAUUUGCGCGUAAAGCUGGAAAAGAUGUGGCUACAUUGCUUAGAGUGAUAAAUAGUAGCGUGGUGUGUACAGAGUCCAUAACCAGAAAUCCUUGCUGUGAUACUAAUGGCCAAGGAGCAGCAGAUGAUGUUUUAGGUGUGAUUACUGUACGCGCACACGCGCACAUACCCACACGCUAUUUCAGAGGGGCCGGGGACAUGUUCAGUGGUUGAGGGCAGACGCCUUGCCCUGGUUUGCUCCCUCCUGUACAGCUCCCCUUGUGUUCAGAGGGUCAGAGCAGGGAUUCCCUGGGCCGUGCACACAGAAUAAGGAGAUUUUCCAGCAGAGGCAGAACUUGCUCGGGUCAGCGCUCGCAUUCCUCCCCGCAGGAAGUCUGGAUGGGAAAUGACCAGAGCACGCUAUGCUCCCCGUGCAUCCCAGUGCAACAUCCCGCAGAGGGGAACGUUGCCCAGUGGCACAUGAUAUAAACCGUGUUUCUCCCAGGGACUGUGGCAUCUCUGAGCAGGUAAAGUAAGCGGUUGAAGAGGCAGAGUAGUUCUUGCCUUUUAAUGGGCAUCACAGUACGUGGCUGGUGGGGAAACGCCUGAGCUGAGCCAAGAAGAGACCCGAAAUGACUCGGAGGGUUGCCAGCAUCUGUAAGAACGUGUCAAGUGUGUAGCUGGGGAGAUGAAAUAGCAAGACUGACUCAGGCAGCCCCAUUAAAAUCCUACUGGAAACACCACUGCAGCUCAGAUUACAUUUUAUUCUUAAUACAGCAAUAAGCAUAAGCCUUCCAACUUUCAUAAAAGGUCCCUCAGGCCACAGCUUGGCCAUCCACUGGAACAGAGACAAACAUCAAAAGGCUGCCGCAAUAAGGAGUCUCUCUUAACCUCCAUUUCUGAGGUGAAAGGUGACGCCUUUGGUCUAAAAUUCACAAGCACAGACAUGCCGCGCUACACUGAAACAGCAGGUUACAUUGAUUUCCUUGGAUUUCCAUUUUGCCGGUCUCAUAUGCAUAUUCAAGUGCAGUGUUUAUAACAAAAUAAAGAUCUGAGGCCAGCUUGUGGCCUCGGCUGUAGUGCCUUUGUGCAGUGCCAUUGACACUAAGAGAACAGAGCAGCUUUCGCUACAGAUACACUCCUAGGCGUUGCAGUGGCAGCACAACCAGCAAUUGGCAAUUCAUUAGGCAGACCGCGGUUUCCGCCAUCCCAGAAGGUUAUAAUGCUGCACGUUUUAGUGACUGCCCGGGGUGCGAAGCAUCCUUCUGGAACUACACAAGCUGGUGUAAUUCUGAGCAUCUCUCGAUAAACCUUUGCUGUGUAAUACACAGGCCUGCACUGAGCAUAGCUGGACCAUGCCCAAGACCUCACCCAUAAUGUUUACAUUACGUGAAAUCUCUUUGUAUUUGCCCUCUGUUAUGUAACUACUUAGAGGCAUCAAUGCAGACUCAUACCAAUACUUUCAAAUAGGUUAUUUCUGACUAUAGGUCAAGAGUUUGUCUUCAUGCUCACUUUUGUACCUCUUCUGUUGUAAUAUAAAAUGUUGACUGUAAAACUGAGGUCUAUAAUAAAAUUGCUGAUGGCA